ACACGCCCCCACUCUCUGUAGGGUUUUCUUCCUUCCUUCUUGUAUCGAUGCUGCAAUUUUCACAAUAGUUUGGGUAACAUGUUUUGUCGGAUAUAGUUUGUCUCUCAUGGCCGUGUAGCGCGUGACUGUUGUUUAACUUAAGUGAAACAUAUGUAUCCGUAAAUGUCGCGUUUCCUUUGAGCGCAGCAGGAAGUUCGAAUUUGAUCAUCAUCUGUUUAUGUUUGGAUUCCUAAAAACGGAAUUGCAUCUGACAUGGUAAAACAUACGAUGCAAACGCCCGGACUCUUGAUUUUAUUGGGUUUGUGCUUCUGUCAUUUCGGCUGGGGAUGGUUUCAAAACAACGCGAAAACCAAAAGUCAACAGCACGAACCCGCGCACACAAGCACUUCCGACAGCCAGGACCAGAGCUGCCUGUGUCAUUUGACAGGUGUUUUGGACGACUGUUUCUGUGACAUUGAGAGCAUCGACGUCUUCAACAACUUCAAAAUAUAUCCCCACAUUAGAAAACUCACAGAAAGAGAUUUCUUUCGAUACUACAAGGUGAAUCUGAAGCGUCCGUGUCCAUUCUGGCCAGACGACAGCCACUGCGCAAUUAAAGACUGUCACGUAGAGCCGUGUCCAGAGAGUAAAGUUCCUGUAGGGAUUAAAUCUGGCAACCAUAACAAGUACUCUCAAGCUGCUAACAACAUCAAUGACGUGAGAGAGUGUGAACAGGCACAUGAGCUGGGUGCCAUCAACAGCACGCUCAGUAAUCAGAGUAAAGAGGCGUUUGUGGCCUGGGCUCACCACGAUGAUGCUCAGGAUCAUUUCUGUGCUCUUGAUGAUGAAAUGUCUCCAGAGGCAGAGUAUGUGGAUCUACUGUUCAACCCAGAGCGAUACACCGGAUACAAGGGCCCUUCAGCCUGGAGAGUGUGGAACAGCAUUUAUGAGGAGAACUGCUUCAAGCCGAGGUCAGUGUAUCGUCCUCUCAAUCCUUUAGCUCCCAGUUGUGGUGGUGAUGAUGAUGGUGAAGGCUUCUACACAUGGCUGGAAGGUCUUUGUUUGGAGAAGAGAGUGUUCUACCGGCUCAUAUCCGGCCUUCACAGCAGCAUCAACAUCCAUCUGUGUGCACAACACCUGCUGGACGAGGGUUGGGGGAAGUCAGUCUGGGGUCCCAACGUGCACGAGUUCCGGCAACGCUUCGACCCGGCGGAGACGAAGGGCGAGGGCACACGCAGACUGAAGAACCUGUACUUCCUGUACCUGAUCGAGCUGAGAGCGCUCUCUAAAGUGACUCCGUACUUCGAGCGCUCCUUCAUUAAUCUGUACACUGGAAACACACAAGAGGACUCGAGCACCAAAGACCUGCUGCUGGAUAUUCUCAACGAGACCAGAGCGUUCCCCAUGCACUUUGAUGAGAGCUCUAUGUUUGCUGGCCACAAAAUUGAGGCGAAGAUAUUGAAGGAAGAGUUUCGUCUUCAUUUUAAGAACAUCUCUCGUAUCAUGGACUGUGUGGGAUGCAGUAAAUGUCGACUAUGGGGAAAACUGCAGACACAGGGCCUGGGAACGGCUCUGAAGAUUCUGUUUUCUGAGAAAGAGAUCAAUAACCUUCCAGAAAACAGCCCGUCCAAAGGCUUCCAGCUCACACGACAGGAGAUUGUGGCUCUGUUCAAUGGAUUCGCCAGACUCUCCACCAGUAUAAAAGAUCUGCAGAACUUCCGCACUCUUCUGAAGGACAACAGGUAACACACCUCUAGGGCACCGGCCCGUUGGACUCUGCAAUAGUCUUAUCCUCCCCAGAAUAAGACUCGUCUCAGGUACUGCUGACGUCCGGCAGAACCCGUUCCACUAGAUCACAUCUCACAUCCUUCUGCUCUGCUUUUUAUGCUUCAACGGUAAAAACAAAACAAAAAACAGGCUUAAGAGACACGAGAUCUCUGCUUCCGGCUCUUGAAAAUUCCAAAAAUCCGAUGUUUGACUUUUCAUACUCACUUUGCCUACAAAUCACAACAUUGUGUGUUCCUGCCAGUCUCAACUGUACUUUCAGUCUUUUUGUGAUUCAGGAGGAGAGUGGUUUGUAAUGAAAGAGUUGAGUGAAAUAUGUUCAUGUUCGCUGUGUGCGUGUGCGCUUGUGUGUGUGUGUGUGUGUGUGUGUGUGCCUGCGUGUGUGUGCACGCUUGCAAGUGUUUGUGUGCCAGCAUGUGUGUGCCUGCGUGUGCUUGCGUGCGUGUGUGUGUGUAUAUAGACAUUCAUAAGGAAGACUUUCUGUCUGUGGGACCAUAGAAUAAAGGAAAGAGUUCUUGGAGAAAAAACUGUUCUGUCUUUAUAUUCAGAUACACUGUAAUGGAAAGUGGGAAGGAGUCAUGUGACCCGAAAUUUAUUUAUAACAUUCUUCAACAUGUUUUUCAUUUUUGUUUAAUGGAAGAAAGUCAGACAUGGUUGAGUAAAUGAUGACAGAAUGGUUUGGAUGAACAUUUCCUUUAAAUGUAUAAGAGACUUGAAGAAGUGGAUGUAGCUUUGAAGUUUUACAUGUUUAGGCAACAGAUGACAAGCAAUAAUAUUUACUGACCGAUCACGCGACGCCAAAAAAAGAACAGAAGAAGAUUUUUAAAGGAUGUAAAGUUCUAGUUUGAAAGUUCUAAGUUUAUAUUUAUAGUCGAGCUGCUGUAAGGAUUCUUCAAAUGUGACCUGUUCAAGUUCUCAGAGUUUAGAAGUUUUCUGCAUACGUCCUCUUCAUGUUUCUGUUUCAACCUGUGCUUCUGACCUCAAGACAUCAUCUGAACAUGUGCCGACUUUUCAUCUGUGAUGUGUGUGUGUGAGUCACUGUUGUCUGAAAUGUCUGAUAUAUAACACAAUCUUUUUUUUCUCUUUGUUUUGAGUUUAAUAAUUCUUUAAAAAUAAGUGUGUGUGUGUUUGUGUAAGCAGUGUCUGCCUUAAUAAACUGGACGUGGAGAGAAAUACUGUAACCCUGCUCAUGUCUGUCAGACGGUGGUAAGGACAGAUGAGAUUUGACAUUCAUGUGUAUUUAAGGGGUUCAUUGGCGCUCUGUCAGAGGAGCAAAAACAUGUUUCUGAAUGACUGUAACAGAAAUACAAUGUCAGAAUAAUGUGCAUCCUUCAGAUGUGUUAUGAAGAUGAAGUCAAUCAAAGAAAUUCAGACCUGUCAAUGGCCAUGUGCAUUUUUUUGGAAGGGUAACAACAGUGUUUAAACAACAUCUGAAACAUUCAUCUGCCCAUUACAACCUCAGUUCUGUGCCUGUCUUAGGUCACUUUCAAAGAACAUCUUUUCAAGCCAAGAUUUAAAUAAGACAAAGAUGCUUCUGUAUUGUGUGUUUAAAUAUUUAUUUAAACAGGAAUAAAUUGAUCUGGUUUUCCUUCA